UUCGCAGUGAGAGUGCUCGCGUUGGGUUGACGAUGAGCGCCGCUCCCAGCAACAAGCCGCCAAGCAAGCGACCGCGGAUUGCAAACAGCGACGACAACCGCCGCAAUGACGCCGCGUCAGUGCCGGUCCAGCAGUUGCCGCGGCCUCGAGGCAAGCGCAUCCACGACUCCGACGACGACGACGACGACCGCGCUCACGGCUCGAGCAAGCGCAAGCAGCGACUGCAGUCAUCCGACGACGACGAUGACGAUGAUGAUGAUGAUGAAGAGGAGGAGGAAGAAGAGGAGGUCGUUGUUGCAAGCGUCAACGCCAAGGCCAAAGGGAAAGGGCGGGCAGCGCAGCAGGAUGAGGACGAAGCAGAGCCCGCCACGUUCGCGGACAUCAUGGACCGCGACUACACCGCCGAGGAGACAGAGGUCUUUGCAGAGCAAAUCGCGGAAGGUAUCAAGAAAGGCGAUGAACUUAACAAGACCGUGAAAACACAAGCUGGCAUCUUUCUCGAAAUCGAUCUGCAGAACUUUAUGUGCCAUGGCCGUUUCCACAUGAAAUUUAGCCCGCAGUUCACCUUUGUGACUGGCGUGAAUGGCAGUGGCAAAUCUGCCAUUCUUUGUGCAUUGAUGGUCGGGUUGGGUGGCAAGACUGGCAGCACGGGUCGCGGCAGCUCCAUCAAAGAGCUCAUCAAGACUGGCGCUGAUCGCGCAGUGGUGCGCAUUACUCUAAGCAACGAAGGACUAUUUGCGUACCGACCCGCUCAGUUUGGCAAAAGAAUCAUCGUCGAGCGCGUCUUCCUGAAGUCCGGAAGCUCAUCCUACAAACUGAUCAAUGGCGAGACCAACGCGACCGUGGGCAAGAGCGCCCAUGACCUUGCCCAGCUCAAGGACGCGCUGCGCAUUGAUGUGGACAACCCGAUCUCCGUUCUGACCCAGGACCACAGUCGCGAGUUUAUCAAGACGGCAUCGCCUGACAAAUUGUACGACUUGUUCCUUCGCGGAACAGACCUGGAGCGCAUGAGCAACAUGUAUCGCUCCUUCAAGGAGGGCAACACCGCCAUCGGCCUCGACCUCAAGGCCAAGAGCGACGAACUCAAAGUCAUGAACAAGGAGGUUGAGCGACUCAAAGCGCGCUACGAGAGCUCGAAGGCUCUACAACAGCUUGGCAAUCGCAUUAACGAUCUGGCCAACGAGCUGGCGUGGGCGUAUGUGGCGGAGGCCGAGCAGAUCGUCGAGAAGGAGACGAAUGAGCUGACCAAGUGCCAAAAGCUCGUGCAGAAUCUCAGUGCCGAGGUUGCAGCGGCCGACAAGUCCUAUCGCGCCGCCUCCAACGAGUAUGAGGAAGUGCAGGCGACUCGAACAGCAGUCCAUCGAGACACCGAAGAGCUGAGUGCGUCCUCAGAGAUGCUCAACAGGAAGACCGUUGCAGCCCGUCGUGCGGUCAACCAGGCGCAAGAAGAAGUCAAGCGAUUCGACAAUCAGGGCAACUCAAAGCUCCAGCAAGUCAAACAAGUGGAACGGGACAUUGCAGAGACUCGCCGCCGUGCACUCGAGUCAAAACAAAAGCGCGGACAGGCCGUCGAGCAAAAUGUCGAACAGUGGCAGCGCAAAAUUGCCAACAUCAAGGACGAGGCUGACGCGAUGAGGCGCAAGCUCGUGGUUGUUGAGCAGCAUGGCCAAUCGUUCUCGACGGAUGUCAACAGCUUGCAGGAGGUUGUGAUGAAGUUCAAUCGCGACAUCGCGGCGAAGCGAAAGGAAAUCGAGUCCAUCACUUCGGUGAGCAAAAAUCGACUCGCCGUGUACGGCAACGAGGUCCCGGAGAUUCUGCGCAGGAUUGACGCCGAGUCUCGGUGGAAACACAAGCCAAUUGGUCCGAUCGGCCGUUACCUUGAGCUGACCGAUGCCAGCUGGGCAGUUGCGGUCGAGGCUUGUCUCAAGGACACGAUCUCGGCGUUCGCCGUGGAUAACUUUGACGACGCACGUCGCUUGGAAGACAUUAUGAAUCAAGUGUUUGAGUCCCACAAGCGGCGUCCAAUGAUCAUCACCCGCCGGUUUGGUCCGUUGUUUGACGUGACGCGGGACUCCCCAUCGAAAGAAUACUUGACCGUCCUCCGGGUCCUCCGCUGCUCCGAAGCGAUGGCGCUGAACACGCUGAUUGAUCAAAACAAAAUCCACACCACCGUGCUGUUGAAGGAUCUCGAGGAGGCCCAGCGCGUCAUCUUGCGCACAGACUACGCUGCUUUACCCCAUGGUGUGACUACUGGCUACGACAAGAUCGGCACAUUCUACGAGGGUGGCACGCGCUCGCAAUCCUCUGUUGCGAACAAGUACCGCGGUCCGCAAAAGUUGACUGCAGCGCAGCCCACGUCCCAGAACGUCGAGAGUAUCAAGCACGAGCUGAGAGCAUUGGAGCAGCGCCUUCAUGAAAACGACAGGCAGCUUGCGGAGACCAAGCUCGCUGCUGACGCGAACAAGCGCGACGAAAGAACACUGCGCUCGGCAAUUGCGACCAAAGAGCGUGAACAGUCGCAGCUCGCAGCCAGAGCUGAGGCAAUUCAAAGCAGUGCAGCUGAAAUUGAGAACGAUGCCACGGAUGUGUCCGAUCUGGAGCGCGAAAUGCAAGCCCUUCAGGAAGAGGCCGUGUCGUUCUUUGCGCGAGCCAAGCAAAUUCAUGAAGCACAGGUACUGCCCGCUCAAGCGCAGUUUGCCGAGUGCGACAAACAAUCCAAAGAAGCGAACAAGCUGCUGGCUGACAUUACGCGCAGCAGUGAAGAGCGAGACGAACAGCUCAAAGCAAGCGACCAAAAGCAAACGCAAGCCAAGAACCUUCUGACGCGCCGCACCGCGCAGCACCUUGAAGCUCAGCAGCAGGUUGACCAGCGACAGGCAGUGGUUCUCGAUAUGAUCAACACCGCCAAGAGCACAAAAGAACAGGCCCAACAGCUUUGCAGCGUUGCAAUUCCCACCAAGCGCACCUCAGGGACAAUCCAGAAGGAGAUGGAAUCGACGAAACAGCGUCUUCGUGACGAGGAGAGACAGCAGGGCCGACAUGAAGAUAUCACCCGCGAGUACUUUGAGAAAACGAGCAUGCUGGAGAAGUCCAUGGCCGACCACAACGCCCUGAAGGAUUUACACGGGCGCUUGGAUGUGAUUCUCGUCCAACGUGCCGUGCUGUAUCGAGAUUUCCGCAUCUCGAUCGCGCAGCGAGCGUGUCAGUAUUUCAUCCGACUACUGGCGCUUCGCGGAUUUCAGGGAAAGCUCAAGUUCCAUUUCGAAUCUUCCAAACUGGAGAUCAGGGCGCAACCGCCGUCGCAACAGGAUGGUCAAUCGUCCGGUUCGAAAGACAUUCAAAGCCUGUCUGGUGGAGAAAAGUCGUUUGGAACGAUCUGCUUCCUCGUUUCCUUGUGGCAUUCGAUGCCCUCGCCCUUCCGCGUGUUGGACGAGUUUGAUGUGUUUAUGGAUCAAGUCAACCGGAGCUUGAGUGCCAAGCUCCUCACAGAUUUUGCAGCCUUGCAGCCGUUCAGGCAGCACAUUCUGAUUACUCCACAAUCGAUCGACCCGCAGGUUUCCGGACGGAAGGAUAUUCGGGUCGAAGUCCAUUCGCUCGCCAAGCUUGAUGGUUGACGUGAAUCUGCAUAUUGGAUUUUUUUUUUUGGUUAUGCUUGCUUGAAUUGCAACGGAAAGGAAAUUUUGAGGAAAUUUUGGUUGUACACAAUGAAGUUAAAUUGCGGUUGGA